AUGGCAAGAAUCGAGGCUGCACUAUGUGUGGUGCCAAAAAGGGACCUCCAGACAUCAAUCAAUAUGCAAAAGGAAAUGCCAGCCAAGAGCAUCCUUGGUAUAAUAGCAGCUACAGCUGGGUCCUUUUUUGCCCUGGGAGCCUACUAUCAGCACAUUGAUGUACUGCGAAAUAUCCAAAGACUGGAGCAGCGCAAUCCUCAUGCCUAUUUCAUCCGCCGGAAGUUGUACCGAUUGUUGGGCAUCUUUUCUGUGCAGGCUGAUGGGCAAGAUGUCAUAGGGGAUGAUGAGGAUGGUCACAAGCUGGCCGGGAUUAUGAAAUACGGCUUUCCCAACAAUGAUAUUAAUCUCAACGAGGCCUUCGACUUUGUGACCUCCUUCGAUCGUCGAAACUCCUCCAUACAUUGGAUGUGCGAGCGAGUGGAUAUAUCGCACAAUACCAUUUAUGCACAGCCCACAUCAUCUAUAGCUACAUCGAGAGCAUUUAAUCAAUCGGAGGCUGCCCGGGUAUUUUUCCUCUCCAACAUCAAACCCUUCAUGAACAGGGGUUUCAACCUCACCGUGUGGGAGCGACUGCUCCAGCAUGUAAGAAUGAGUCGACAGCAUGGUACCGUGUACGUUUACACUGGAUCCAUUUACCUGCCCCGAGAGCUCAAGUCCAACAAUUGGUUCCUGGAGUACCAGACGGAGGAUAGAAUCAUGGUCGCUGUGCCCACACACUUCUUCAAGAUCCUGGUGGUCGAUUCCAAGUUUGGGACAGAUUCCACACCCUAUGCGGAGGCCUAUGUGAUGCCCAACUCGCCGCUAAACGAUAACGUGGACCUGAAGACCCUGCUCAACGAUAUCCGAGAGAUAGAGAAUAUCACAGGUCUGCGGUUCUUCGAGGGUCUGGAUCGUAACUUUGUGAAUACCCAAAUAACCAGCUCAGUUGUCAGUUUUUUAACCAAUCCGGUUGAGAGUUCCGUGAACCAUCCGGUAGCCAGUUCCAUAACCCAUUCGGCAACCAAUUCCUUAGACAAUUCAACAGCCAGUCUUUUAUCCCCUUCGUUAGCCAGUACUGCAGUCCAUUCGGUAGCCAGUACUGUAAUUUAUCCGGCAACAAGUCUGGUAGCCGGUUCAAUAAUCAAUCCAGAACAAAUUCUGUAAAUGUUUUAAUGACCACCAGUUUAGUCAGUACUCUGAAUUUGAAUUAAUUGAAUAAAGAAGAAUCUAUUAGAAUCUGUUUA